AUGCAGCAACUUUGGGAUGAAGAUGCUGAUCUCGCCGUCUGCACAACCUGCGGCACCCAGUACUCCUCCGAGCAAGGUCCCGCAGAAUGUCCCGUGUGCUAUGACGACCGACAGUACCCGUGCCCCACCGGCCAAGCGUAUACCUCACAGAGAAAGCUCGUUCCAAGCACAAGAUUCGAUCUCUUUCCUGAAGAGUCCGACCCUCGCAUACUUCGCAUCAAGCUCGACCCCCCCUUCGCCAUCGGUCAAACUCCAAUCCUACUUCUAACCCAACACGGCGCCGUCAUUUGGGACUGUUGCGGCUUUGUCUCGGUCGAACUCAUGCAGCGCAUCUGCAGCCUCAGUCCCAGUGGCAAGGUUGCCGCCAUCUUCAUUUCGCAUCCGCACUUUUUCGGCUCCUCGCUCACCUGGGCCAAGAUGCUCGACUGCAGCGUCUUCAUCUCCAAGCUCGAUCGUCAAUGGUUUCAACGCGGCUCGGGCAAUGCACAGAGCCCGGAUGUCGCUGCCCGGCAAAAGCAUGUCGUCGAAGUCGAGCAGGACGUGCUUUCACUUCCGCAUCUUCCCUCGUUCUCGCUCGUGCGGUGCGGCGGCCACUUCCCGGGCUCCUCGUGUCUUCACUGGGACCGGGAUUCGGACGUUCGACCAAAUGAAGACGCAAAAGGAGCAGCUGUCUUUUGUUCAGAUACCUUCAUGGUCAUGCCGGACCGCAAAAGGUUCACCUUUGCCUACAGUUUCCCGAACAACAUCCCUUUGCCUCCUCGCGACGUCGAGCAAAUCUGGAUUCAGAUGCGUAACUUUGACUGGUCAGACACUUUCGGAGGUUGGAGCGGCCGAAACAUCCUCUCCGACUCUCGAAAUAGGCUUCUGCUUUCGGCCCGCUACUAUGUCGACAAAGAAGGCCAUUCCGCGGACGACUUCGAGACACUCAAGCUGGAGUGA